GGAAUAAUAAAAACAUAAAAAUCUCGAAGCAUCAAAAUGGCAGCAUAGGUCAUUCGCGUUAGUUCGCUUGAAUAAGAAGUUACUAAAAUAAUUGAAAAAUGCGAAAAAAACUAAAGUCUUUAGUGAAUUGAAUAAAAUAGAGUGCAAUUUGUGUUUAAUGUGUUAGAUAAACUGAUGUUGGAUUGGUUAAAAUUGAUAGGCAUAGUGUCAAUGCACCUUUGUAUAAAACUGUGAAAGUACCUAUAGUUAUAAUGAAGCCACCUCUACUUCAAAUUUAACGAUGUGCUACCUAUCAAAAAAUGACCAAAAGACAUCCUCUUAUGCCUAAGAGAAAUCAAUUACUAUACCUGUUUUUGUUAUUUUUAUCUCUCAUACAAUCCUCCCAAUUUUACUUACUUCUAUUAGAGGAUACAACACCAGUCGGAAAUGUAAUAUUCAAUGCCAGCGUCUAUCGUCUAGGGUCAGAUAGAGAGUACAAAAUAAAUGGGAAGAGAUCAGCCCCUUUCGUAUUUUCCUUAGUAGAAGUUCAUCCAAAAACAGGACAAGUAAUUUUAAAAGAACAAUUGCAAUGUGAUGGAUUAUUUUAUCCCUAUUUUUUCACAAUCCAUAUAGACUCAACUUCGAACAGACUGAAAGAUAUAAACUAUUAUAGUUUACCUUUGAGGAUUUUUAUUGUCGGCAAAGACUGCGUGAAUCAUAACGAGGAUGAUUAUUCAUAUUUAGACGAAUUUGGAAGAUCUAAGAGGAGUUUAAGAAAUAUUUGGGGACCUUUUUCGCAACUUCAUCCUUCUGUUAAAGAAAAAAUCAACGAAGCUCGGCAAUGGGUAUCGGAAACUUACGCUUCUUUUGCUAUACCAACCGCAGGAAAGUGGCAAAAGAUCUGCUUAAGACAAAGUCAAUACAUUAACUCUAUCACCGCCUUCCUUCCGAAUACUAUCAGCAGUUAUUGCACUGUUGAAUUCCAUUACGUCAGCGAUGACAGAUUCGAAAUUGAACGAAGUCAAGGAGAUCUGGUAGCCAGCAAGGAUGUUUGUAUAAUAGAACCACUUUGGAAGGUAACAAUAUUGUUCACUGCGAUAUGUCAAAACAUAUCCGUUUUAAAUUCAGAACAUCGAUUGAAAAUUGUUUACCAUCAUCAACAAUUCAACGACACAGAUAUCGCCAAAAGAGUAAGAAGAGAAUUGAGGAAUCAGUCACCAUUUUUUGAACAGCAUCUCUACGUAGCUAGUGUUUUGGAAGAAUGUGAUCCACCGGUAGUAGUUACCACAGUGAAGGCAAGAGACCCAGAGAAUAGUCCAAUAACAUAUUCCAUGACUAGCUUAUUAGAUUCUAGAACGCAGGCUAUGUUUGAUAUUGACCAAAAAACUGGAGUGAUAACUACUAAGGUUCAAUUAGAUCGCGAACUCGUGGAUGUUCAUUAUUUUCGGGUAACCGCGAUGGAUGAUAGUUUUCCUCCCCGCUCUGGUACUACAAUGCUGCAAAUAAAUGUUUUGGAUGCUAACGAUCAUUCUCCAACGUUUGAAAUGAUGGAAUAUGAUGCUAGUAUAAGAGAAAGUGUAAAUGUUGGUACUACUGUAAUAACCCUCAAAGCGACUGAUCAAGAUAUUGGAAAGAACGCCGAGGUAGAAUACUCUAUAAAGAGUAUAAGUGGCGGAGGAAAUUCGCCGGAAAGUGAGGACAGCAAUGCCUUCAAAAUUGAUUCCAAAACUGGUGUUAUUACAACAAGAACUUUGCUAGAUAGAGAAACGACAGAAGUUUAUACCUUAAUCAUACAAGCAUCUGAUUUGGCAACUCCUCAAACUGCUAGAAGAACAUCUACUGCUAGCGUUGUUGUACAUAUCUUGGAUGAUAACGAUAAUUAUCCCCAGUUUUCUGAACGUACCUAUACUGUCUCACUCAACGAGGAUAUUAAUUACAACGAUAACCCUGUAGUUGCACAUAUCAAAGCUACUGACGCAGAUCAGGGCGCCAACGCAGCAAUACGUUACGCAAUAAUAAGUGGCAAUACACAAUCACAAUUUGCUAUAGAUAGUCUAACAGGAGAUGUAUCUCUUGUAAAACCUCUAGACUAUGAAACCAUUAGGAAUUAUCGAUUAGUGAUAAGGGCACAAGACGGCGGUAGUCCUGCAAGGUCCAAUACCACUCAACUAUUAAUAAAUAUUAAGGAUAUUAACGAUAAUGCGCCUAGAUUUUAUACAUCAUUAUUUCAAGAAAGCGUCCUUGAGAACGUUCCUGUUGGCUAUAGUAUUGUUAAAGUUCAAGCCUAUGAUGCUGACGAAGGGCCUAACGCUGAUAUAAAAUAUACAAUAUCAAGUAGAGAUGCUACUGGUGGUAGUACUGACGACUUACCAUUAGCUGUAGAUUCCCAUUCAGGCUGGAUUUAUACUACUAAAGAACUAGAUAGGGAACAUCAAGCAAAGUAUAUGUUUCAAGUUAUAGCAAGUGAUCAAGGUGCGCCACCACAAAGUGCAAGUGCAAGCGUUGUUAUUACAGUCCAAGACGUAAACGACAAUGAUCCCGUUUUUGAGCCAAAAAUAUAUGAAUCGGUAGUUGCAGAAGAUGAUUCUCCAGGUACUCCUGUGGCAACGGUAACAGCUACAGAUCCGGAUGAAGACGCAAGACUUCAUUAUGAAAUAACAAAUGGUAACACUAGAGGUCGCUUUGCCGUAACCUCACAAAAUGGUAGAGGAUUAAUCACCAUAGCUCAACCAUUAGAUUACAAACAAGAAAAAAGAUACAUUUUGACAAUUACUGCUACGGAUUCUGGAAGUAGAACAGAUACUGCUACGGUUUAUGUCAACAUCACGGAUGCUAAUAAUUACGCUCCGGUUUUUGAAAACGCUCCUUAUUCGGCGAGCGUUUUUGAAGACGUAGUUGUUGGUACUACAGUUUUAGUUGUUUCCGCUACAGAUAACGAUGUUGGAUUGAACGCUCAGAUAUCAUAUUAUUUAGGCGACGAUAUGAAUGACGUAGGAAAAGAUGGAGCUUUCGCGAUUAAUAAACAAACAGGUGCCAUAGUAACAACCAAACCUCUUGAUCGCGAAACAACUUCAGGUUAUCUUCUAACAGUCACAGCUAAAGAUGGAGGAUCUCCUCCUCUUUCAGACACCACAGAUAUCGAAAUAUCAGUAACAGAUGUUAACGAUAACUAUCCAGUAUUCAAACAAGUAGCAUAUUCAGGUAGUGUACCAGAAGAUGCUUUGGUAGGAACUUCCGUGGUACAAGUAACAGCUACUGAUGCAGAUGUUGGUUUAAACGGAAAAAUUCAUUAUUCUUUGAGUGAAAAGGAUCAAGAAGAUGGCUCCUUUGUUAUAGAUCCGACUAGCGGAGUAAUAAGGACCAAUAAAGGAUUAGACAGAGAGUCUGUUGCUAAUUACGAAUUAGAAGCUUAUGCUAUAGAUAGGGGAUCGCCUACGCUUAGUAGUUCUGUACCAGUGAACAUAAGAAUAGAUGACGUAAAUGAUUCACCACCAGCUUUUGAUUCUGAUAAGAUAAUUCUUUAUAUUCCAGAAAAUAGUCCUAUAGGUUCUACUGUAGGCGAAAUCUACGCUAAAGAUCCCGACGAAGGCGUCAACGCUAUCGUACAGUAUUCAAUAAUAGGUGGAGAAGAUGCACAAAGUUUUUCUUUAGUAACUAGACCAGGAUCUGAAAAAGCUGAAUUAUUAACGAUGGUAGAGCUAGAUUACGAAAGCCCUAAGAAAAAGUAUGAUCUCAUAGUUAGAGCUGCAAGCCCUCCUUUAAGAAGUGAUGCUCACGUUGAAAUAAUAGUAACCGAUGUGAACGAUAACGCUCCAAUAUUAAAAGACUUUCAAGUAAUGUUCAAUAACUUUAAAGAUUUUUUCCCAACUGGAUCUAUAGGGAGAAUACCAGCUUUUGACGCUGAUGUCUCAGAUAAGUUGCAUUAUAGGAUUUUAUCUGGUAAUAAUGCAAAUCUCAUAGCCUUGAACGAAACUACUGGACAGUUGCAGCUAUCACCACAGCUUAAUACAAAUGUACCAAAAAUAGCUUCCAUGGAAGUAUCUGUAUCUGACGGCAUUAAUGUUGUAAAGAAAAUAAUGUCAUUAAGCGUAAGAUUAAUAACAGCAGAAAUGUUAUUCAACUCCAUAACUGUAAGACUUAAUCAAAUGACCAAAGAAGCGUUUCUUUCUCCUCUUCUUAACUACUUCACCGAUGGUUUAGCAGCAAUAAUUCCGUGUCCUAAAGAGAAUGUCUUUAUCUUCAGCAUCCAAGACGAUACAGACGUUGCUGCCAAGAUACUAAACGUCAGUUUUUCUGUUCGUAGACCUGACGUACCUAGAGAAGAAUAUUACACCCCGCAGUUUCUCCAAGAAAAAGUUUAUUUGAAUCGAGGAAUACUAGCAAGACUUUCAACUGUUCAAAUACUUCCAUUUGACGAUAAUCUUUGCGUUAGAGAACCUUGCUUGAAUUAUGAAGAAUGUCUAACAAUUUUGAAAUUUGGUAAUGCAUCAGGUUUUAUUUCCAGCGAUACUGUGCUAUUUAGACCUAUCUAUCCAGUAACCACAUUCACCUGUCAAUGUCCGAAAGGCUUCACCGGCUCUAAAGAACAUUAUUUAUGCGAUACAGAAGUUAAUCUAUGUUACUCCUCCCCAUGUGAGAAUAAUGGCAUUUGUAAAAUUAAAGAAGGUGGAUAUACUUGCGUUUGUCAAAAUGGUUAUACAGGUGACAAUUGCGAAAUUAAGAUAGAGAAAAACAGUUGCAACCCUAGUUUAUGCAUCAAAGACAAAACUUGUAGUCCUAAACCUGGAAGAUCGAGCUUUAUUUGUGAAGAUUGCAAUAUUGUUGCUGAAUACGAACAUUACACUUCGCAGUGUCAGCUAAGGAGUCGCAGCUUCACCAAAACCUCAUUUUUGACAUUUCCUAGUUUGAAACAAAGACAUCGAAUCCAUUUGGCUCUAAAAUUCGCAACUCAACAACAGAAUGGACUUUUGUUAUAUAAUGGAAGAUACAACGAACAACACGACUUUGUGGCUUUGGAAAUCAUCAAAGGUGCGGUGCAAUUUUCAUUUUCUUUGGGUAGCAAGGUAACCAACGUAUCUGCAAGAAUACCAGGAGGAGUGUCGGAUGGAAAGUGGCAUUCGGUAGUAGUGAAUUAUUUCAAUAAAACGGCUACAAUAGCCUUAGAUGAUUGCGAUAUAGCUAUAGCUUUAAAACACGGCGAAGAUCUUGGAGGUAAAUGGAACUGUGCAGGAUAUGUUGAACACCAGUUGGAAGCCCGAUGUGCGUCUUUAACAGAAACGUGUCACAGAUUCUUGGACUUGACAGGCCCUUUACAAUUAGGUGGUGUUCCCGCCCAAUCCAGUGUAUUCCAGAUACAAAAUAUUUAUUACGAUGGUUGUAUUUCAGAUUUGGAAAUCGAUUACAAAUUUGUAGAUUUAAACAGCUUUAUGACAGACAAUGGUACUAAUCCCGGCUGUCCGGAAAAACGAUCGUUUUGUUCUUCAACACCCUGUAAAAAUGGAGGAAAAUGUAUUGAUGGUUGGGGUAUGUAUAAAUGCGAAUGUCCACAAGGGUUUGGAAAUAAAGAUUGUAGUGAAACAAUUAGCCCUCCAUGGCACUUUAAUGGAGAUGGUAUGCUGUCAUUUAAUCCCUUAUUGAGACCGAUACAACUUCCGUGGUUAAACGCUCUAUUUGUACGAACAUUACAAGAAGAUACUUUCCUCAUGUCAAUUCAAAUCGGUCAAAAUAGCUCAGCAGUAUUAUCUCUAAAUAGGGGACUUCUAUUAUACACUUAUAAUGGCGAAUCUUUAUCGCUGCCAACUAAAUACAUAUCUGAUGGUGAAUGGCAUCAUUUGGAAGUAACUUGGAUUGGUACAGAAAUAAAAAUGUCCGUAGAUUACGGCGAAAGUGUUGAGGUUAUGCCCUAUGGUGAAAAAAUUCAAGGACUGUACGUUGGAAAAAUCUUAAUAGGUGGCCCAGAUAAUACUUACAUGAGCCUUAAUGCAGGUUAUAAUUACCUCGAAGGAUGUAUACAAGAUGUACGAAUAGGAAACCAUCAAACAACGCUUAGCAGACCGAUCGUUAAAGAAAAUGUAGAAGACGGAUGUUAUUCUUCAAAUGAGUGUCACAGUGAGUGUCCAGCAUCUUCAACAUGUGUAGUUGAAUGGGGUAGAUCAUAUUGCAAAUGUAACGAAGGUCAUAUUGGUCCUCUUUGUGUCCCAGUUUGCUCUGAAGAUCCCUGUGAUAAUGGUGGUAUCUGUAUAGAAAAUUCAAAGUAUCCCAAAGGAUACAAAUGUGAAUGUAACUCCACGAACUAUUCGGGAGAAUAUUGUGAAAACGAACAGUCUCAACCAUGUCCAGCAAGUUGGUGGGGCUAUCCAGUUUGUGGCCCAUGCCAAUGCGAUGUUGAAGAUGGUUACAACCCUGAUUGUGAUAAGAAAACAGGAAAAUGUCACUGUAGGGAAAAUCAUUAUCAACCCAGUGGUUCCACACAAUGUAUACCAUGUGACUGCUAUCAUAUUGGAUCACACAGCACUCAAUGUGAUCAUGAAACAGGUCAAUGUAAAUGCAGAGAUGGAGUUAUUGGACUCAAAUGCGAUUCUUGUCCUAAUGCUUAUGCAGAAGUUACUAUCAAAGGUUGCGAAGUUGUAUAUGAUGGAUGUCCAAAGUCAUCAGCCAAUGCUAUAUGGUGGCCUAGAACAGUGUUUGGAGCCGACGCCAUUGAGAUUUGUCCAAAAGGUACACACGGGAAAGCUUCUAGAACUUGUGACAACGAAUUAGGUGGAUGGCAAGAACCGGAUAUGUUUAAUUGUACGUCUGAGAAGUUUGUUGAGUUAAGAGAGCAGCUGUCUAAUAUAGAAAAUGGAGAUCUCCAACUUAACACUUUUGUCUCCAUCAAACUGGCUCACGAUUUAUACAAAGCUACCAACUUAACGAAAAAUCUUUAUGGAGCAGAUGUUUUAAUCACAUACGAAUUAUUGAGAGAACUACUUAAUUAUGAAUCCAAAAUGAAUGGACUUAAUUUAACUCACAGUCAAGAUAAAGAUUAUAUAAGAAAUUUGGUACACUCUGUAAGCAUUGUUUUGUCAAAAAAAUACACAAAUCAUUGGAAAAGAAUCAAAGAAUUGACGGGAGAAGGAGUUGAAGAUCUUAUAGAAUUAAUUGAGAAGUAUAUAAACACAUUGAGUGUCAGUCAACAUGAUACUUACACAAGUCCUUUCGAAAUUGUUUCUCCGAAUAUGAUCCUUGGUUUGGAUGUAGUCACUCCUGAAUCUCUUUACGGAUUUGAAUCGGAAUCUUUACCACCGAUUCCUUCAAUAACUCCUAACUUCACUUCAGAAAAUGUUGUUCUACCGGAUACAUCUUUAUUUUUAGAAGAAAAUCGCAAUUUACAUCCAGAACCAUAUGUAAUAUUCCCCAAAUACAACAACUAUCUAUUGGAUAAAUCGAAAUUUGAUCUGCAUAGCAAAAUAUUAAUAUCUUUAAAUCUUUUGGGAAUCAAACCGAUAGAAUUCGGUGAAAUUAUAACAAAACACAGCUUACCAGAAGAUGGCAGCGUUAUAAGUUAUGCCGAAUAUCGACAAGACGGUGCUUUAUUACCAAAAACAUACGACGAAUCAGUUGUUAGAAGAUGGGGUGUAGAUAUUACCAUAGGAUCUCCUCUAAUAUCAGUAGCAGUAUUGGUACCAGAAUAUGUACCAGUAGAACCUGCGGAAAAUGAUGUGCCAGAUAUGAGUAUGCCCAAUCUCAAGUUCGACACUGAUGAUUAUUGGGCAAAAUCUAGUUUUAAAAGAGCUGAUAUACUCGAAAACGAUCCACUGUAUUUAAGAAAUAAGAGGAGUCACAUUGAAGAAAAAAAGUUAGUUUAUAAAAGUUUAGCAGGGAUGUCUCUACAUGUACCCAUAAGGUUACAGCUGUGGUUGGACGCUAACAAUACUAUUCUAAAUGCUAGAUCUAAUCCGCAGUGUGUCCAUUGGUCUAGAGCUAGAGGAUUUGGGCAAUGGUCUCGGGUUGGUUGCAGAACUGAAAUUAACGAUGACUGGUAUGAAACUACCAAUGAUAAACCAAUUUUAGUGAACUGUAGCUGCAACCAUUUGAGCACUUUCGCUGUAUUAGUCGACGUUGUAGAUUUGGAGUACAUUCCGGAACCCUCACUAUUAGAAGAUAUAUCAAGUUAUAGCUGUUUUUCUAUCUCUUUGCCGCUCCUUUUCGGAACCUAUCUCAUUUUGGCUUUGAUUCGAGGAUUGCAGACCAAUUCAAAUACCAUCAGAAAAAAUUUGGUUCUGUGUGUAUUUUUGGGAGAACUUCUCUAUUUCAUAGCUUUAAAAGCGAGAAAACCAUUGAUUGGCAAUGAGUUCUCUUGUAAACUGUCAGCCAUUGGUUUACAUUAUCUAUGGUUAGCGUCGUUCUCAUGGAUGCUGGUAGAUGCGAUACACUUGUACAGGAUGUUAACGGAAAUGCGAGACAUAAACCAUGGGCCGAUGAGAUUUUAUUAUAGCAUGGGCUACGUCGCACCUGCUGUCGUCGUUAGUUUAGCAGUUGGAGUAAGAGCACAUCAAUAUGGAAACUAUUAUUUCUGCUGGGUAUCUUUAUAUGAAAGCGUAGUUUGGAGCUUAGUGGGACCAAUUUGCCUCUUAGUCUUAGUGAACAUUUUCGUACUAGCUUUUUCUGUUCGAGCAGCUUUUACUCUGCAGGAUCACGUAUUAGGAUUUGGAAAUCUGAGAACGCUAUUAUGGGUAUCGGUGAUAGCUCUUCCCCUAAUGGGUGCCACUUGGGUUCUGGCACUGUUAGAUGCCUCAGAAAGACAUCCGCUUCUCACGCCAUUUUUAUCUGUUGCUGUUUUGGUUCAUGCUGGAUUUUCUUUGGCAGGAUAUUGUUUUGCUAAUAACAGAGUCAGACAGAAUCUCAUCAGAUCAAUAAUGAGGUGUUUGGGUAAAAAAGUGCCAUUACUAGAUACAACCUCUGUAAUUGGUGUUCCAAGUACCAGCAGCCAGAAUAUUAAUAUCCAAUCGCGGUCAGCUUUGGCAUACCAUUCAGGUGAUCCGAAUAGAAGGAACAUUGGAAUUUCAACAUCUAGUACAACUUCUCGUUCAACAACCAAAACUAGCUCAAGUCCAUACAGAAGUGACAGUCAUUUACGUCACACAUCUACAUCAACAUCAAACUACAAUUCAACAAGUGACGUGCCAUCGUAUAUGCGCGGCUUUGAACAGGAAACAGGAUUACAUAGGCAUAGGGAAGUUCCGGAAGAACCAGAGGAGCGAAGAGAAAGAAGAGGAGAUAGAGACAGCGAUUCAGAUUCGGAUGGAUCGGAAGGAAGAAGUUUGGAUUUGGCUUCCAGUCAUUCCAGUGAUGAUGAUGAAUCUAGUACUAGAAGGCAUCGAACAAGAACAAAUAAUGGACGACAGGGAUACCUGCCAAAUAUUACAGAGCACGUGAUAUCACGAUGUGGUACGCCUCCAUCUUUAAACGUCGUAACAAAUUCCCAACUGUUUCCAGCUGUACAACCCAGUUAUGGUUCUAGAUGGGCAAGCCAAUUACCCGAAUCUUAUUUGCCUAAUCAUAAUGUUUCUGAAGUUGGUAGGUGGUCAGCUGAAACAGGCUCAGAUAAUGAGUUCUAUCAAAAGAAUGGUUCUCCUAACCCAUUGCCUCAUCCAGACGUAACACCAGAAACUACCGUACCGGCCUUACAAUCUGAACAAUACAUGAUGAGGGCGCAUUAUAAUAAUUACAAUCCGAAUAACUUGAUUUACAAAGGUGAUUAUAUGCCCAAAGUUAUGCCACACGAUAAUAUGAAUUACCAAGAAUACGAUAGGGCAAGUGAUAUCGAUGAUAAAGGACAUAUGAAUGAUAAAUACCAUUUUCCAUAUACAGGUACUGAAUUAGAAGCGGAAGAAGACCACAUGUCACCUCAUAACAAUUACAUUCAUCCUCUCCAUCCUGGCAGUCGAGUAAUGUCUCCAGUGACAAACGACGUAAAUAAUCCUGGAUUAGAUUACCACGGCUCCACAAUUGGUUCGCAUUUGGGCUCCAGAAUAGGUUCGGUAUUGGGCUCAGUCCAUGGUUCCCUUUCCGGUAGUAUGAGGGGUUCGCCUUCACCGUUAAUGCCAUCUGUGUCAAUGAUGCAUACUGCACAUCAUGGGAAUUCUCCACAGAUUGAAGAUAAAAAUGAAGAAACAUCAGUUUAGCGGUUAUUUUCAUUUGCUAAUGUAUUUUUAGUAAUUUUUACAAAAUUGAUUAUGCUCAAUAUUUUUCUCCGUCGUUUCAAAAAAUAAAAUUUAAUAUAUUGAUACUUGAGAGACUAUUAAACCGAAAGUACUAAUAUUUAUUAUUAUAUAUUAGGACCUUUUAUUACUGAAUCAAUGCAUUCUAUUAAAACAUUUGAUUUUUUAAGUUGAGAAUGUGUAAAUGACUUUCAUAUAUACAGUUAAGUGGUAGAUAAUUGCUAAAAGUAGAUUUGAUGGUGAACAAUUACCGGUAAUUGCAAUAAAGUGAUUACAGGUAGUUUGAUAUAAAUUCAUUGUUUUAUGAAACCGUCAAAACAAAAUGAUUGAAUUCGCUUAUUUAUUUUGAGACGAUUAAAAAACCAAAUUACAAUUUGCUUAAAUAUAUUAAGAAAAAAUUCCAAUGAUUAUCAUGGUUUCACUUGCAGUGCAUGUAAUUAAUUUAUUAAAUUAUUUUUUAAAAUUUAGCGGCUUGGUGUAAAACCUGAAAUUAGAAACAAAUAUUUUGUAUGAAUGGUGGCAACAUUGCAUUUUUUUUAAACUCACUGCACCUCUACAACGUAAGUUUCAGAUUGUAACAAGUGAAUUAUCGUCAAAUUAUUUUAAUUACCACAAGGUUUUAAGAAAAACCGGCAACUUUUGUGAAUUUAACUGUAAUAGUCAUAUUUAUUCUGCAACAAACAUUAAUUUGAAUCAUUAAACUUAUACAUCUUUAGCGAUCAUAGUUUACUCAUUCUCAAAUUACAAAACUUGAUGAAUUUUUGUUUCGUUGUUCACGGACCAAUUACUUCACUUCAUGUAUGAACGAUCUUCAAAACUAUUUUUAUAAGAUUGUAUAUGGUUAGGAUUCCAUAAGUUUUCGCUCCAAAAUUGUCACUGGAAUUCUGAUCAUGUAAAUUAGUUGUUAUUAUGUCCACAAUAUGUACCACUGCUAUAUAUAUAUUCGCUUUGAAAAUAGAAUUAGAAUAUAUACCUGUAAUACUCAGCUUUAUAUAAAUAGCAACAAAUUAGUUAUAUACAAUAAGAAUAUUUGAAACCAUGUUUUUUUCAAAGAAUCUAUAUACUCAAAACCAAAAAUUUUAAACUUAGUUGUUAAAAAUAUGGUUUCUUCUAAUUUUAGUUGAAAGAGACUUUUAGUCCUUCAUAAAAAUACAUUCUUCUUAACUGAAACAUUCCAAUAUAAGACUGUGGAAAUUUAAAACAAUCCAAAAUUCCGAAUUUAAGUGAGAAAGAUAAAUAUUUUGUCGAUAAUUUAAAAUUGAAUCAAAUGCUUUUAUGUAUUUGUUCAAAUCUUUAAGAAAAUAUUCAAUUGUAUUGUAUUAAACCCUCAACAAACUAAACAAAGAAAGAGCAACCCUACCUGGGUGCUUGGCCAUCAAAAAGGAUAAUAUAACAGGUGAAGGUGGUCCAGAAUUAUUUAUAUUAAUAUAAGUAAAUUGAGAACCUUGUUUUUUUAAGACGUAUGUAAACCGAAAAAGUAAGAAAGAAAAUUCAAGAUGUACCCAAGAAUCAGCAGAUACAAGGGUAGUGGCACCGAAAGAAGUAGCUAAAGAGAAUAUCAAUCUCAAGAAAUCAUAACGAUAUGACAUAAUUUCAGGAGCAUGAACUAAAAAAAACCUGUUUUUUAAGACAUAUGUAAACCGAAAAAGUGAGAAAGAAAA